AUGGAUGACAUGACUGGUCCCCCUUGGGGCAGACUGGCUGUUGAACAAUACUUCGUUACAAACUGGAAUCAUUCCUCGACCGAAACCCCCGAUCAGCAGCGAAUAAGACUAGUCGCUGGGUUUCUCGAGCUGAACCUUAUUCCGGUUCAAUGGGUAGAAGAUUGGGAGAGUCUCACAUAUCCGCCUCGUGCGCCUACGGCGGAGGAAAUCGACACUAUUCUUCGACCUUACCGUGUUGAUGCCCUUCGAUGGCGCGCAAAUAAUAUGUUCCAUGACCAGACAUCCCCUGUUUUACUACGCACAUAUUAUAGCACCGAACAAGGCGAGCGAGCUGAACACGAUGAAUUGGUCAAUAUAUGGGUCGAUAUAGACCUAUUUGAAGCAGAAUCCUAG